AUGGCUCCUGCAAAGAACAGUGGCAAGAAGAAAAUGGACCAUUCUGCCAUCAACGAGGUGAUGACCCGAGAAUACACCAACAUUCACAAGCACAUCCACAGAGUGGGCUUCAAGAAGCAUGUCCCUCAGGCACUCAAAGAGAUCCGGAAAUUUUGCCAUGAAGGAGAUGGAACUCCAGAUGUGUGCAUUGAUACCAGGCUCAAUAAAGUUGUCUUUGCCAAAGGAAUAAGGAAUGUCCCAUAUCAUAUCCUCAUGCGGUUGUCCAGAGGAUGUAAUGAGGAUGAAGAUGCACCAAAUAAGCUCUGUACUUUGAUUACCUAUGUACCUGUUACCACUUUCAAAAAUCUACAGAUAACAGUCAGUGUGGAUGAGAACUAA